GUAACAGUAGUAGUCAUCGUCAUUGUUGCCGCUGCUCUCCUUCCCCACUCAAUCCUAACCCCUUGAAUAGGACUGCAUUGCACUGUACUGUACUGCACAACACUCGACUACCAACAGUCCACCGUAAAAUCCCCACACCAUCAUCAUGUCCGCCGAAAAGGAAUACAUACUCGACGAAAUCUCUCAGCACACGACGACAGAGUCUUGUUGGCUCAUCAUCGGCAAUGCUUCCAAUGGUGGUCCCAAGGUCUACGACGUCACCAAGUACCUGGACGAUCAUCCCGGUGGUGCCGAAGUCAUGCUAGACGUGGCCGGACAAGACGCCGAUGAGUUUUUUGAAGACAUUGGCCACUCCAAGGAGGCCCGCGCCGAACUCAAGAAUUACCUCGUCGGCAAUUUCAAAAUCGACGCCGCCACUCUCGCGAAAAUGAAGGCCGACGCCGAAGCCAAGGCCCAACAAAAAAAUUCCGGUACGGGAAUCAUGCUCAUUGUACUCAUGGCGCUCUUUGCCAUUGCCUACGGAUACUACCAAACGCAAAUGAAGUAACUAUACAAAAGGGUUCCG